GUUAGUGUGCUCUCUGAAUGGUCUUUGAUCAUUUCGCUACGGGGACAGGAUGAUGAGUUUCAGAAUGUCCUUUUUUAACUUGCUGGGGUUGUUUCUGAUAUUUUCUGAGAAUAGCAGUGGACACAGCAUGGACACUGUUUUGCAGUCAGUGAAACUGAACAUCAGUCAUCUGCAGAAUGUCAAUGACAAGCAAAGCCUCAUGGUGAGCUGGCUGGUAAACCACAGUGACUUAGUGCAGGGAAUUUAUGAGAUCCAGAUCAGCCGCACUGAAAACCACACAAUUAUUUACAAUGAAAAUGUGACCGCGACCGCUGUAGAUUUAGAUGAACACACAUGGACAUGGUCUUCUGAUGUGCCUCUGGAGUGCGUUGAUCAUUCAGUCAGGAUACGACAUUUCUAUGAUCAUUCUGUCCCAAGCCCCUGGAGCAACUGGGUUACCAACAAGGGAGCUGAGGUAAAAGAUAAGACCGAAAUAUUUCCCUUCCAACGGGUGCUGAGGGAGGGCACCAGUGCCGUGUUCUGCUGUGUUCCCCCAAGAGGAGUCAACAUCACCAGUAUGGACUACCAUUAUGAACACCGUAUUAUCAACACUGGAACCAGGGUCAAGGCCAUUGCUGUUGACAACUUAACCAUCCCAAAAAGAUACAUUAAAGCGCUGUCAGUCAGUUGCAAUGAUUCAACGGGCAACAUUGUUCAUGCCUGGAAUUACGUCAGCUUUCCUUCUGAGAAGCCCAGAAACCUCAGCUGUGUGACCUCAGACAUGGAAACUGUUAUUUGCACCUGGGAUCCAGGCAGAAAACGAGACCCGUGUGAUAAAAACAAGCAAACACAAACUCUCCACAUAGUAAAUUCUGACCAGGCUCCCAUCAGCUGUGUGCAGUCAUCCUGUAAAUUCCCAGCUGUCCCACAACUGGAAGAAUAUAACAUCAGUGUAGUGGUGAGAGACCAGCUGGGAGAAGAGACAGAGAGCUACAGUUUCAACAUCUUUGACAGAGUUUUCCCUGUCGUGGAGUGGAACAGAGUGAGCCCUGGGGCGACAAAUGCCACUGUGUCCUGGAUCGUACUGGGGAACCUAAUUCAGCUUGACAUCCUUUGUCAGGUCUCCACAGACCCUGGCAAAAUCACUUCUCUUAGCUGUCGCAAUAAGAGUAGUCACUGCAAAGUCAAACUGGAACACCUGCUUCCCAACACCCGCUACUCUACCAGGGUACGCUGCUCUGUCAACAGCAGACUCUGGGGUGAAUGGACACAUUCUGUAUUCUUCACAACCUAUCCGUUGGUGACCUUGGAUGUAUGGAGGAGAAUAAAGCAGGUGUCCUACUUGCACAGUCGUCAAGUUACUUUGUUUUGGACUCCGCAUAUUGUUGGCACAGCAGCCACAGUGAAAAUCCAACGCUACACAGUGCAGUGGUCACAGGAGGGCCAAAAUGGAACAAGGUGGAAAGACAGCAGAAUGACCCAAGCUGAUGUCUCCAUCGGUCCAGGGCAUUGUGAAUUCACUGUCAAAGCUGUACUACAUACAGGCUUCUCCAUCCCCGCUCAUAUCACCAUCCCACGGAAGGAUGACAAAGAAAACCUCUUAGUAGAGAAGCAGUUGGGCAGCAGCUCGGUUCCUGGUUUCAAUUUGUCCUGGGAGGAACAGAGCACUGCUACCUGUGGCUAUACUGUGGAGUGGUGCAUUCUGGGAAACGCGGUACCUUGUACUCUGAGAUGGGUGAAGAUGCUAGAAGGAAACACAACAUUGUUCCUUCCUGCUCGACAUUUUAAAGCAGGUUGUAGGUAUACAUUUAAUGUCUAUGGAUGCACAGAAAAUGGACACAGACUUCUGGAAAUACAGACUGGAUACUCACAGGAACUCGAAUCUGUACAGCCCCUGUGUCUGGUUGAACCUGUUCAGAGUACUUCAUCAUCUGUGACACUGGAGUGGCUUUACAACGAGAAUGAUCCAGCUCAUCUGGCAUUCAUCACUGGUUACCUGGUUACAUGGCAGGAAGUAUUGUCUGACAGGCAGCCAGGUCAUACGGCAAAUGUGUUCAACAAGUCAGUGAAAGAUCCUCACAGCAAGUCUGUGACAGUAGAGGGUCUGCAGCAGGGCCAUGAGUACAACUUUUCUGUGAGUGCUCUCACUAAGGAGGGUCCGGGACAAGCAGCCAGGAUCAUCAUCAGGACCAGAGCCAACUACUCUGUUCACUUGGCCAAAAUACUGACUCCCAUCCUGCUACUGCUGGGCUGCACAAUCCUUCUGUGGCCUCAAAGGAGAAUGCUGAAGAGAGGGCUGAAGGAGAUAUUUGCUUAUCCUGCUGGUAUGCACAUAAAAACUCCUGAGUUGGACAGCUUCCUUGAUGAGACUGAUCAGUGGCUGCAGUCACAGAAGGUGGAGGAGUGCAUCAGCUGUGACAUUGAGAUCCUAAAUACCAGACCUCCUCUGAAUAAAACAACCAGGAAAGAUCCUGAGCUCCUGAACACACCAUGCUCCUCUGCUUCCCAGUGCUCUACCUCGUCCUUUUCACCUUCAUGUGAGCCGCUCCAAGCAGACUACUAUCCACAGUCAGCUACACUGCUUUGGGAAACACAAGCCCAAAUCACAUGUAUUGCAAACAAGACUUACUUAAACAUAACAGAGAAAGAUUGGUCUGAGCCGCAACAAGUUGCUUCAAGUGAAAUCACCAGCUUUGACCCCUCUGAGUGUCUGCAGGAAUCAUGCAGUGUUAUAUAUGGUUACAUCUCCAAUGAAACUUUCUAAAAAUAAUGUCCAAGACAAACCUGAACAUUUUGAACUUUAUAUGUAAAGUAUGUGCAUAUUUUUCAUUUCAAGUAUACAAAUGCUGUAAAUAGAUGUUUUGUUAUCAGACAUAAUGUAAAUCUGCCCAUUUUCAAUUUAAAGAAAGCAAGAUUUUGUAUUCACUCCACAUUUUAACAUAUGCAAUUUGUGAUUUGAUUAUAUUCUAUUUUAUUUUUUAUUUUAUAUUUUUGUAAAGAUGUUGCAUUAAAAUGUCAUCAUAACAUACUGUACAGUGUGUGAGCACAAAAAACGGAUGGUAAUCUAAAUAGAAUUUUAAACAACUGUGUUGCAACAUGGUUCAAAAAUGAAUCUGCUGGUGCUGUCUUAAGUGAAGUACUGUAUAUAAAGCAGAGAGAGAGAGCAACCUACUGACAAGUGAGAUGUUAUCUACAGGAUGCAACUGGUCACACUGAUAAGACAGCUGACUAAUGUGACAGAGGAGGUAUGCAUCUUAUCUGGAAAAUAUGAUUACUUGCUGGUUUUAUCAAAACAUAUGUAUACAUAAAAAUGUUAAUUGACAAAAAAAACAUAGCAAAAUGUAUUCGGUUUUCUGUAGUUUCUUCAUCAGUGUAUAAUGACUGAGAAGUAAAGGUUAUUAUAAUGAAGCUCUGACUCAAAAUAUACAGCAAGCUUAGACAAUGCACUCGUCAAAACAAGUCACAAGUUUUCUGCAGUCACAGGUCCCAUUUCAUGUAAAUAUGCAGGUACGAGACAUUUUUAAAACUAACUAUGUAUCUGGUGUGCUUUUAUGUUGUGUUUUCAUGACAUAUUCUUCUACAGAAGCUGGUCAUGUUACCUGGUCAUACACUAUGUGUCUUGUGAGACUGUGUCUACUCUGUGUGUAAAUGUAUUGAAUUCUGAAAUGCCAGAAAAAAAAUCUGAUUAUUGAGGGUCAGGUUAUUUUUUCAUUUGUUCAAGGGCAUCUGAAGAACUGAGAAAGCUGUGUAGUACUGUAGUUCUUACAAGUGCAGCUUCAUCAGAAAACACAGAACUGGUUUUAGCAGGAAAUGUUAUCUGUUACGUAAAUUAUAGUGUCUUACUGAGUCUUCUGUUGAAAAACAAACUGAAACUCUGUUGUGUUCCAGUAUGAUCUUGGUUUUGAUUUUUUCCUAAUAUAAAAUAUAUGUUACAAAAGAAAAUAAUCCUGACUGAUUGGCUGAUCUUGUUCAUCAAGUUUGCCAUCUGUUGGUCAAAUAAUGUUACAACGAACACAUAUGAGCAUGACGUUAAUAGAUGGGGAAAUACAGUUUGUAUAUAUGUUUUCUACUGCAAAAAUGCUCCAUGUAUUUAACCAGUUAUUGUCAUUAAAAACACAAUUUACAAUAUCA